AGACCCAAGUUCUGGCGCGGGCGGCGACGGCUAGCAGCGAUCCCCUAAUACGGGUGGUAGAGCCCGGCGGGCUGUGCACCCGGGCUGCGGUGUCCGGGGCCGGGGCGCUGGUGCUGCAGGGGCCCGGGGGGGAGGGGGCGCCCAGCCCCCCCGGUUGAGGCCUCCCCCCGCCGGGCCUCCCUCCCCGCCCCCCCCCGGGCCGGCGCCAUGCGGGGGGGCCCCGGCGACGCGGAGCGGCGGCAGCGCUGGGGUCGCCUGUUCGAGGAGCUCGACAGCAACAAGGAUGGCCGCGUGGAUGUGCACGAGUUGCGCCGGGGACUGGCCAGGCUGGGCGGGGGCGAUCCGGACCGCGGCACCCAACAGGGCAUCACCCCCGAGGAUGACGCUGACCCAGAUGUGGGGCUCAACCUGGAGGAGUUCACUCAGUACCUGCAAGAGCGUGAACAACGCCUUCUGCUCAUGUUCCACAGCCUUGACCGCAACCAGGAUGGUCAUAUUGAUGUCUCCGAGAUCCAGCAGAGUUUCCGGGCUCUGGGUAUUUCCAUCUCACUGGAGCAAGCGGAGAAGAUUCUGCACAGCAUGGACCGUGAUGGCACGAUGACCAUCGACUGGCAGGAAUGGCGAGAUCACUUCCUGCUGCACUCGCUGGAAAAUGUGGAAGACGUGCUGUAUUUCUGGAAACAUUCCACGGUCCUGGACAUUGGGGAGUGCCUCACCGUGCCGGAUGAGUUCUCGGAGCAGGAGAAGCUGACGGGCACCUGGUGGAAGCAGCUGGUGGCGGGCGCAGUGGCGGGCGCCGUGUCCCGAACGGGCACAGCACCUCUGGACCGCCUCAAAGUCUUCAUGCAGGUCCAUGCGUCAAAGAACAACCGCCUCAACAUCCUGGGGGGGCUGCACAGCAUGGUGCAGGAGGGGGGCUUCUGGUCCCUGUGGCGCGGCAAUGGCAUCAACGUGCUCAAGAUCGCCCCUGAGUCCGCCAUCAAGUUCAUGGCCUACGAGCAGAUCAAGCAGGCCAUCCGCGGCCGGCAGGAAGCACUCCAUGUGCAGGAGCGUUUUGUGGCUGGCUCCUUGGCUGGUGCCACAGCGCAAACCAUCAUUUACCCCAUGGAGGUGCUGAAAACGAGGCUGACCCUGCGCAGGACCGGACAGUACAAGGGGCUGCUGGACUGCGCGAGACGGAUCCUGGAGCAGGAAGGACCCCGCGCCUUCUACCGUGGCUACCUGCCCAACGUGCUGGGCAUCAUCCCCUAUGCAGGCAUCGACCUGGCGGUGUACGAGACCCUGAAGAACCGGUGGCUCCAGCAGUACAGCCGGGAAUCCGCGAACCCCGGGAUCCUCGUGCUCCUGGCCUGCGGCACCAUCUCCAGCACCUGCGGCCAGAUCGCCAGUUACCCCCUGGCCCUGGUCCGGACGCGCAUGCAGGCCCAAGGAGCAUGUAUCCCCUGUACCUCAUCACUGCCUCCGCCCCGUACACACACCCAGAUCCAGUGCCCUUUGUGCAGUACUGGAUCCCAGAUCCCCAGCCUCCUCGUGGAUCCCAGAUUGCCAUGCCUUGUGCCCUGCAUCUCCAAGCUCAGCCACUAGGUUCUGGAUGUCAAGAAACCUCAGCUGCUGGAUCCUGAUGGUGCCAUGCCUAGGUCCUGGGGCCCCACCACUGGAUCCCAGAUCCCCUCACCCCUACCACUGGAUUCCUGUAUUCCUUUACCUCGACAUUGGAUCCCAGAUCCUCUGCUUCACCUGCUGGAUUCCCUCCGUGAGAGCUCAUGGUCCUCAACCACUGGAUCUCAGAUUCCCAAACCCCAGCCUGCUGACGUCUGGCUCCUUAAAUACAGAAGCCAACCAGUACAGCAAAAUGGACCCCAGAUCCUUCACCCCAGUCACUGGCCACUGAAACCUCUGUCCAAACAAGGUAGAACUUACUUUUCCCAAACAUUGGAUCCUAGGCCAUUACUCUCCACUCUCCUGCACCACUAAUUAUCAGAUCCCCAGUCUGGAACUCAACAGCCUAGCCGCUCUUCCCACCCCCAGAUUCCAGGCACCAGCCCUGCCCUGCAGUCUAUUUGCUACAGCAUGGGAGAUGGUAGUCCCAUAAUCAGAGUGGCCUGCGGAAGUCUGGGUCUGGUCAUUAAACCCCCCCUCCCACUUCAGACAGCCCAGGAGGUCCGUCCCAUGUCCUGUUCAUGGUCAUCACCCAGUGGCAAGGGACACCUGUUGCCUGUCCCAUGUAGACAUAGAUGACGCCCCACCCCUUAGCCAGGCCCCACCUCCUGCCCCACCCCAACCAGGCCCAUCCCAAGAUUCAGUUAUCAGUCCCUGAGACCAUGAAGGGGACCUCCCCCAACUCCAGUAUGGUCAGACUUGAAAGAUCCGCAAGCCAGGAACAAAUCCACACAAGAUACCUUUCCCCAUUAUGCAAAAACAAAUCAAUCUAGAACCGGGGUCUAUUUUUCUACCAGAGAGAAGCAAAUCCCCCUUUCCUGCCAACCCACUCCCCCAAUUCCCCUAGCCCUCAUUCCUUCCCAAUUUAUAUGAUGCUGAACCUAGGAAAGCAUGGGGACCUCUACUCCUCCCCAUUAAGGGACAGUGAAAGAAGGAUUGAGGUAUUGGGGGCUGGAGGACCCCCUGGCUUCCACUACCCCUCACCUUUGCCAUGUCCCCCCUCCUGCCUGUAUUAUUUCAAAGGAAAAGAACAAAAGGAAUAAAUUUUCUAAGCU